CUUGUCUGUCUCUUUGACGACUUCCACCCCGGAUUACCGUCGCCUUCUGCACGAUGACUUUUGGAAUUGAUGUUCCUUCAGUGGCUGAUUUUCUUGGUAAUAUCGAUGUUCAGAGUGAACAGCUUUUCGAAGGCAUAGCCUCUUUCGUCAACUCAGUAUCAAGACGUCGGCUAGGGAAACUGGACCGGCACAGUGUAGUGGAUUACCUCAGGGCCAAAACGGUACCAUCCGUGUCCAUGCUUACGGCAUUGAUAUUUAUCGAGAAGAUCGCCAAUACUGACCCACCUCCACAACUGUUGGACGAGAUAACUGCCGUGGAUUUGUUCGCCAUAGCAAUGACAACCGCAUCGAAAUAUCUUUAUGACAUUGACACGGUGGAUGGGUCUGACAACGCGAGUUGGGCAGAUGUGUUCAAUAUGGACGUGCAGGACUUGAACCAGCUGGAAAUCCGUUUCCUUUCUGCUAUGGAUUGGAGUCUUUUUGUGGCCAAAUCAGAGUACGAUCGGUUUCGGUCGCUUGUGCACUCUCUUUCAAGUGCUACUUCGGGUCGAUCACUGCGCUCACAUUCGGCGAAGCGAUCUACCCGUGAUACCGUCGCACGAAUCCAACUGAAAAAUAAACGCUUGCGAACAACGGCGAAGCUUUUAGCGGUGUUCACAGCCGCCUGUCUAACUUCAAUGGCAAAGGACCCUGGUCUCUUCUUCCAGUUUGAGUCAAGUCCAGGUUCAAACACGCGCUCUAUAUAUCCACUUAUCAGCUUAACACUUCACACAAAUCCGACGACCUCACCACUUCGAUGUACUGUGAACAGUUCAGUUGAUGGCACUGAUGACUCCUGCAUACUGUCUCGGUUGACUAGUGAUCACUGGCAUUCUGUUCUACUAAACUACACACCCCAUGUCUCUACCACAGCCUCCACUUCUAUUGCCAAUCAAAUGACUGAUAUUUUAUUGGUUUGUGGUGGUUAGAGACUUUUGUUUCCUCAUGUGCUCCUUUGAGUGUCUCAUCAGAUAAGAUUUUAGUAUAUAUACAGUGCUACAG